AUGGCAUAUAUUGCAGAAUGCAUUCAUGAUGGAAGUUCACAGGGGCAUGUGAUGGGAAAAGAAGUUUCAAAACACAGAUGUCGCCGAUAUAAGGAUGUGGCUUUCAGCACCUCCUUGACGUCCUAUGUGUACAUGGCCCUGCGGGUCAGAGUUGCUCCAACCAAGUUGCUCCACUGGAGGCGACAUCUUCCCAGAAAAUCAGGUCCGCUGCAGCAGGAACGCAAUGAAAAGGCGUACGUAGUGUUAAGGCAGUUUUCUCCACAGGUUGUGUUGCAGAACCUCCUUAUCUGUGUCAUCCUGUUCUACACUGUGUAUUAUGUAACUCUGAGCUUGUGCUGCCUGACGCUCAAGGUAUGUGAGUUGGAUGUUCUGGCACCAUUUGACUUCAAAACAACCCCUUCAUGGCUCAACACCCAUUAUAAAGUUCUUUUAGUGUCCACAGAAGUUACCUACUUUGUAUGUGGAUUACUAUUCGCUCUGGUUGUGGAAGAAUGGUUAUGGGAUUAUGCCAUUACAGUAACUAUUCUUCAUGUUGCCAUCACGUCAGCUGUUAUGUUGGAAUUCCCCUUGACGUCACAUUGGUGGGCUGCUUUAGAUAAUGAUGAUGAUGUCUGA